AUGGGCUGGGCUUUUAAAAUUCACUUAUUGGCCCGCACAGAAUUCCUACGGAAGAAAGCCAGGCGUCAGAACUCACUACCUGAGCUGGAAGCAGCAGAGGCAGGAGCCCCGACUCCCGGCCCUGUGGACCUAUUCCGGGAGCUGCUAGAGGAAGGGAAAGGGGUGACCAGAGGCAACAAAGAGUACGAGGAAGAAAAGCGACAGGAGAAAGAGAGGCAGGAGAAAGCUCUGGGGAUCCUCACAUACUUGGGCCAGAGUGCUGCGGAAGCCCAGACUCAACCGCCUUGGUACCAGCUCCCCCCAGGGCGGGGGGCGCCCCCACCUGGCCCAGGUCCAGAUGAAAAGAUCAAGCAGCGCCUGGACCCUCUGCGGGAGAUGCAGAAGCACUUGAAGAAGAAGAGGCGGCACAGUGGUGAUGGUGGUCACAGCAGAAAGGGAAAGGAGGGGCCGGACAAGCAGCGGCCGGAAGCACGCCCAUCCCUGGACCAGCUUCGAGCCGAACGUCUCCGGCGGGAAGCAACAGAGCGUGCUCGGGCAGAGGCCCUGCUGGCCCGAGUGAGGGGCACAGCCCCCCCGGAGGAACAGCCUGUGGAGAUGGACGAACGGCGGGGGCGGUACAACUCCCAGUUCAACCCCCAGUGGGCCCGGCGCCCUGCCAACAAGACCCCAGCGCUUACGGACUCCUGGGGGGAUAGGAGAGGCCGCAGCUGCCAGCCGUCAUAUAAAACUAUUUAUUCAUAA